UUGGCGCGCUUUUUUGCAGACGUCAAUAAACAAAGCAAAACCCUUGCAAAGAGUUUCAAAGUUUCCGUGAAUUUAAGGUGAAAAAGGAAUAAUGCCAUCACCACGAGGAUCACAAACUCCGCGAGAAAAUGCAACUCCACGCUCGGCUAAUGGUUUCCGGACGCCACAGUACGAAGCCCCCCCGAGUGAUGAUCUGGAGACCCCGAUGCGCAUUGGGGGUAUCCAAAAUGGUACUGUCCAGGAGUCAGAUGGAGUGAGCUUGGCUGCAACAUCCCCAGCUGUGUCCCAUUUCGCAGGAGCGAGUCCCUUCUAUGGGGGCAAUGUUGACAUGCAGGGAAUUGAUUUGAGCUCCCCACUAAACUACGGGACGCCGAGUUCUCUGGGUUCUAUAAGGACUCCAGGGAUUAGGGGGACACCCAUUCGAUCGCGUCCGGACAUCCGCACGAAUCGCUACAUGCGGCAAGUCAACGUGGGAGGAGAUGCGGUUGAACCUCCUGCGUCGCAGGAUGGAGCAGAAUCAGCCACCGAAGCAUCCGCAGCGGGUCCCCAAUUGGUCAUCUGGGGUACAAAUGUCGUGGUGAAUGAGUGCAAGAAGAAGUUUAUGCGUUUUAUUUUGCGCUUCAUCGAUCCGGAAGCAGAUCAGGAUGAAAUUAGUGAAGGAAUGGAUCUCUCUGAGCCACUGUAUGUGCAGAAACUCGAGGAGAUUCAUACGCUGGAGGAGCCAUUUCUCAAUAUAAAUUGCGCACAUUUGAAGGCUUUCGAUGAGACCCUGUACCGGCAGCUAAUUUGCUACCCGCAGGAAGUUAUCCCGGCAUUCGAUAUGGCCAUCAAUGAGAUGUUCUUUGAGAAAUUCCCAGCAGCUGUGCUGGAGCAUCAAAUCCAAGUGAGACCAUUCAAUGCUGACAAGACGCGGAAUAUGCGUGCACUCAACCCCGAGGACAUUGAUCAGCUGAUUACAAUCCACGGGAUGGUUAUUCGUGUGAGUAACAUCAUUCCGGAGAUGCGGGAAGCAUUCUUCAAGUGCCUGGUGUGCUCAUUCACAACUUCCGUUGAGAUUGAUCGCGGAAGAAUCGCUGAGCCGAAUCUCUGUUCCAACUGCAACACCAAUCACUGCUUCCAUCUCAUCCACAACCGUUCGCAGUUCUCCGAUAAGCAGCUGAUUAAGCUGCAGGAGUCCCCGGAUGACAUGACAGCCGGGCAGACACCGCACAACAUCCUCCUCUUUGCUCACAAUGAUCUCGUGGAUAAAGUUCAUCCGGGAGAUCGUGUCACUGUGACGGGCAUCUAUCGCGCCAUCCCGGUGCAGGCUAAUCCACGCCAGAGGAAUGUUAAAUCCGUCUACAGGACUCACAUUGAUGUCGUGCACUUCCGCAAAGUGGACGUAAAGCGUCUCUAUGAGGCUGAAGAGGGGAAGGAUCACAUCUUCCCGCCGGAACGCAUUGAAUUGCUGCGGAUGCUGUCACAGAAGCCCGAUGUGUAUGAUCGCCUCGCCAGGGCUAUUGCUCCGUCAAUCUACGAGAAUAGUGACAUCAAGAAGGGUAUCCUCCUGCAGUUGUUUGGUGGCACCAAGAAGACACACAUAACUGCCGGAAGGCAGAAUUUCCGCUCUGAAAUCCACAUUCUCCUCUGCGGUGAUCCGGGUACGUCCAAAUCCCAACUUCUGCAGUACGUCUACAAUCUCGUUCCCCGCUCCCAGUACACGUCCGGCAAAGGAUCCUCAGCUGUUGGUCUCACGGCCUACGUGACAAAAGACCCCGAAACGCGGCAACUUGUCCUCCAAACGGGAGCAUUGGUGCUCUCCGACAAUGGGGUGUGCUGCAUUGAUGAAUUCGACAAGAUGAAUGACUCCACACGGAGUAUUUUGCACGAAGUAAUGGAGCAGCAAACACUCAGCAUUGCCAAGGCGGGGAUUAUCUGUCAACUCAAUGCACGCACGAGCAUCUUGGCAGCUGCCAAUCCGUCGGAAUCGCAGUGGAAUAAGAAUAAGACAAUCAUUGAGAAUGUCCAGCUCCCACAUACACUCCUCUCGCGUUUCGAUCUCAUCUUCCUGAUUCUCGAUCCGCAGGAUGAGUUCUUCGACAGGCGCCUGGCAACCCAUCUUGUCUCCCUCUACUAUGCCACAAAUCAAGAUGAAGAGGACACCCUGUUCGACAUGAGUAUCCUCCGGGAUUACCUAGCUUAUGCCAAGGAGCACGUGCAUCCCACCCUGUCGGAGGAGGCACAGCAGCGUCUCAUUCAGGUGUACGUGGAUAUGAGGAAAAUUGGGUCAGGACGCGGACAGAUCAGUGCCUACCCGAGACAAUUGGAGAGUCUCAUCAGAUUGGCAGAGGCGCACGCCAAAAUUCGCCUCAGUGGUAGAGUGGAAGUGCAGGAUGUGGAGGAAGCGUGGCGUCUUCAUCGUGAGGCGCUCAAGCAAUCCGCCACGGAUCCACUAUCGGGCAAAAUUGACGUGGGGAUCCUUACAACGGGAUUGUCAAGCGCCGCGAGGAAGAAACGCGCAGAGCUUGUGGGCAACAUCAAGGAGAUGCUCAAGAAGAAGGGCGGAGUACCCACUGUGCCCUACCAGAAGCUCUUCACGGACAUUCGGGAGACUUCGCAGAUUCUCAUAACACGAGAACAAUUUGAGGACGCCCUCAAGGAGUUGCAAGACGAAGGAAUAAUUGUCGUUGUUGGGAAGAACACCAUCAGAAUCUGCUAGGAGUCCUCCCUUUCCCCUUUUUUGUACUUUUUCUUGUUUUCUUUGUCGGCACUGACCAACGUAUUUUUUUUU